CGGCGCGGCGUUGAGCCCCGCCGCCCGCCACACACCCCCCGCCCCGCACCGCGCCGCGCCGCGCCGCCGGGACCCCCGCAGAGGCUUGGCCCCCAACCCGGACUCCCCUCGAGCCCAGGCGUGUGCCCACCAUGCCCGUGGUCGGUGUCCUCCUCUGGGCCACCCUACUGACUCUGGGCUGGCGGGCUGCCCACACCAAGGACCACGGCUUUGCCACUCCCAGGGUCCAGCUCUCCUUCAAAGAGCUGAAGGCAACGGGCACCGCACACUUCUUCAAUUUCCUGCUCAACUCCAGCGACUACCGCAUCCUGCUGAAGGACGAGGACCACGACCGCAUGUACGUGGGCAGCAAAGACUACGUCCUGUCGCUGGACCUCCACGACAUCAACCGCGAGCCCCUCAUCAUCCACUGGCCCGCCUCGCAGCAGAGGAUCGAGGAGUGUAUCCUGUCGGGGAAGAACAGCAACGGGGAGUGUGGCAACUUCAUCCGCCUGAUCCAGCCCUGGAACCGGACCCACCUCUACGUGUGCGGCACCGGCGCCUACAACCCCAUCUGCACCUUCGUCAACCGCGGGCGCAAAGCCCAGGGGUUUCCGCCGAGCCAGCCGGGAGGCCAGGAAAGCAGAUCCACCGACAGCCCCCUCAGUCCAAGACCAGCACAAAGCAAGGAUUAUAUAUUCUACCUGGAGCCAGACAAGCUGGAGUCGGGCAAGGGGAAAUGUUCCUAUGACCCCAAAGUAGACACUGUCUCUGCAUUAAUAAAUGAAGAGCUCUACGCUGGCGUCUACAUCGACUUCAUGGGCACGGACGCAGCCAUCUUCCGCACCAUGGGCAAGCAGACGGCCAUGAGGACAGACCAGUACAACUCACGCUGGCUCAACGACCCAGCCUUCGUCCGUGCCCAGCUCAUCCCCGACAGCAGCGAGAGGAACGAUGACAAGCUCUACUUCUUCUUCCGAGAGAAGUCAGCCGAUGCCCCACUGAGCCCUGGCGUCUAUUCCCGCAUCGGGCGCAUCUGCCUGAAUGACGAUGGGGGUCACUGCUGCCUCGUGAACAAGUGGAGCACCUUCCUGAAGGCCCGACUUGUCUGCUCUGUGCCAGGACCCGAUGGGAUCGAAACACACUUUGAUGAGCUCCAGGACGUUUUCAUCCAGCAGACUCAGGACACCAAGAACCCCGUUAUCUACGCCGUGUUCUCCUCCUCGGGGUCGGUCUUCAAGGGCUCUGCCGUCUGCGUCUACUCCAUGGCCGACAUCCGCAUGGUCUUCAACGGGCCCUUCGCACACAAGGAAGGACCCAACUACCAGUGGAUGCCCUACACGGGCAAAAUGCCCUACCCCCGGCCGGGCACCUGCCCCGGCGGGACCUUCACCCCGUCCAUGAAGUCGACCAAGGACUAUCCCGACGAGGUGAUCAACUUCAUGCGGGCGCACCCGCUGAUGUUCCACUCCGUGUACCCCACGCACCGCCGGCCGCUGCUGCUGCGCACCAACGUCAACUACCGCUUCACCACCGUGGCCGUGGACCAGGUGGACGCGGCAGACGGGCGCUAUGAGGUGCUUUUCCUGGGCACAGAUCGGGGCACUGUGCAGAAGGUCAUCGUGCUGCCCCGGGAUGACAUGGAGACGGAGGAGCUCAUGCUGGAGGAGAUAGAAGUGUUCAAGGUGCCGGCGCCCAUCAAGACAAUGACCAUCUCCUCUAAAAGGCAACAGCUGUACGUGUCCUCGGCCGUAGGCGUGACGCAUCUGGCCCUGCACCGCUGCGGGGUGUACGGGGAGGCGUGUGCCGACUGCUGCCUGGCGCGGGACCCGUACUGCGCCUGGGACGGCAGCGCCUGCACCCGCUACUCCGCCUCCUCCAAGAGGCGGAGCCGGCGGCAGGACGUCCGGCACGGCAACCCCAUCCGACAGUGCCGAGGCUACAAUGCCAACGCCAACAAGAAGGCAGUGGAGGCCGUGCAGUACGGGGUGGAGGGCAGCACGGCCUUCCUGGAGUGCCAGCCCCGCUCGCCGCAGGCCAGCGUCAAGUGGCUGCUGCAGAAAGACAACAGCGACCGGCGGAAAGAGCUGCGGGUGGAGGGCCGGGUGCUGCGGACGGAGCAGGGCUUGCUGCUGCGUGCCCUCCAGCUCAGCGACAGCGGCCUCUACUCCUGCACUGCCACCGAGAACAACUUCAAGCACACGGUGACCAAGGUGCAGCUGCGCGUCCUCAGCGGCCGCGCCAUCCACGCCGUGCUGGUCCAGGCCGAGACUCCCCCCGGCCUGCCCGCUGCCCCCACUGCCCGCUACCAGGACCUGCUGCAGCUCCUCACCCAGCCUGAAAUGGGACUCCUGGACCAGUACUGCCAGGGCUACUGGCGGCACACGGCUGCCAGCCCCCCGCAGCUGCUGGCUGGCCUCAAAGCCAAGGAGCAGCAGGACCAGAAGAAACCUCGAAACCGCCGGAAUCACCAGCCAGAGACCUACGGGCAUACAUGAAACCGUCAUCAGGGACUUUGCUAGCACAGUGGUCUAUUUUUCCCCCCUUUUAAUAUUAAAAAUAUCUAUAAAUAAAUAUAUAUAUAUAUAUAUAUAUACACACAUUGAGGCACACACACAGACACACACACAGACACACACACACACACACACACACACGCUCCCCCGCGGCGGGAGGCCAUAUUUAUUUGUGGGUUGUACAUAGUCACUGAGGUGAUGUGACCCCCCCACCUCCUGGCCCAUGGGGCAAAUGGGGAGCCCUGGGGGGGCUGCAGACAGCAUUGCUGCCUUCCCCCUUGCUGCAGGACCAUGGGAUUCUGGUGUGUGGGGGUUGCCAGGCCCCGUGGCCACCGUCUCCUCCUGGUGUGGGACACGGCACUGCACUGGGACCUGGAGGUACUGGAUCCUGGUAUGGGAGGGGGUGAUGCUAUGGGAAAGCCAGGAGAAGAUGAGGCAGGGGGAGAGGUGGUACCAAACAAGAUCUGACUCCAUAACGUGGAUAUGUCCAUGUCUGAGUUUCCACACACAGUUAUUGAGGAGCAAACGUGUUCCACAGGGAAGCUGAGAACCAGGCAAACCUGGGAGAGAGGAGCUGUGGUGCCCAGGGAUUGCUGCCCUGGCCCAUCCCCGGGGCUUGGAGGCAGGACACAGGACCCUUGAGACAGAGCCUGGGUGUCUAGGCCACACUCAGGGCUCAGUGGGGGGCUCUGGGUAGGGAAGGAGAAGGGGCUGUAUGAGGGUCAAACCUGGAGCAGCCAAAAUUCGAGGGUGCCCAUGGGUGCUGGGAGCAUGCAGCCCAUCAGCCUCCCCCUUGGGGCACCUCAGCAGGUGGAGGGUGUAAAUAGCUGUAUAUGGGGAGCACAGGGGUGAGGAGGGCUGAGCAAGUGCCCUCCACCACAGCCAGGGCACCCCAAAUAAACACUGGCUUUGGGAUGGA